UCCAGAUCUCAACUCAAAUAUGGAGUAGAGCUUCAUUGGACAAGAAAAACACUGAAGAUGCUGAUGACGGGGAAGGAUUUGGCUGAUUGUCAUGGGAAAAUCACAUUAUUAGAAGGUUUAGCAAGACGUCUGUGUGCUGCCAAGCUUUCCAGUGCUGUAUGAAUGUAGUUUGUGGACACACUUCCCACUGCAUUGCUCCAGCUGUUAAGUCAGCGUGUGUGGUUGCUCCGAGACUUGUGCCUCUGCAACCAGACAACUUUUUGCCAGCGUGUGCGUGGUUGAAUGUAAAAGGAUAAGAAAAUGCCUGCUAUUCUAGUCGCCUCCAAGAUGAAGUCGGGAUUGCCCAAACCCGUGCAUGGUACCGCUCUACCCAUUCCAUCUAGGGUAGCGACCCACCAGAAUGGACCUCUGAAGCCCAUGCAGCCCAGCCUCAUCCCCCUGAAGUCUCCCAUCUCCAGACAGCAAAGUCAAGGCACUGCAGCUUUACAGAAAAAGUACCAGACUGCCAAAGAAACAUCAGGAGACCCUCAGAUUUAUACAGAUUGGGCCAACCACUACCUAGCCAAGUCCGGACACACACGCCUGAUUAAAGACCUCCAACAGGAUGUUGCCGAUGGCGUUUUGUUGGCAGAAAUAAUUCAGGUUGUAGCAAACGAGAAGAUUGCAGAUAUCAACGGAUUCCCAGAGAGUCGCUCACAAAUGAUUGAGAACAUUGAUGCCUGUCUGAGCUUCCUGGCUGCUAAAGGAGUCAACAUAAAGGGACUUUGUGCCGAAGAGAUCCGCAAUGGCAAUCUGAAAGCCAUUUUAGGCCUUUUCUUCAUUCUGUCGCGCUUCAGGCAGCAGCAGCAGACUUUGAAACAGGCCUCCAGCAAUGUUCAGAUGCUCCAGAACAACCAGGCUCACCGAUGCGCCAGUCCUGCCCUGCCUCCUCACACUUCUCCCUGUAGCUCUCCCUGUCCUUCUCCUAUCCAGCAACACUACACCUCCUCCCUAUGUGCACAGAAAACACAGACAGACCUGCAGUCCAGUCAUCCAUCAAAAGGCUCCAAUCAGAAAAAAGCUGUGAGACUCUCUGUUGCUCAGAAAAAGAACUCUAGGCUUCAGAGCCCCUCUGUGAGGGCAGCUGGAACGAGUGGAGAGAGUAAACCUCGAACCUCGAACAGACGCAGCCAAAGCUUCAACCAGUGUGACCGAUUAAAGCCGCCAAUCUCUGUCUGCGCUCAUGAAAGAGAGAAAACAACCCCAUCACCUAUAAUGGUUGAUCAUGGACCAAUCAGCUCUUCCAUUCCUCCACCCAGCUGCUCCAGCACCACAAAUACCAUCUCUAAACCCUGGAGAAGCAAGUCACUCAGCGCUAAACACACUGCUACAUCCUCCAUGGUCACGGUUAAACAACCAGCUCCAGAUUCUCUUGAGGUUCCCCCUAAGGUGAUUGCCCAGAAGUCCAUGCUGGAAAAGCUCAAGCUCUUUAACAGCAAAACGGGUUCCAGAGCCACCAAGGUUGUCAGUACAGACGAUGUAGAUGCUGUUGAACCAGAAGAAGGCCAGAUUUGCCCCAUCCACUCUGGAAACCAGCGGCCUGUCACCCCCAGCAGUUCUGGUAGCUCAAGUCCCAAGCUAGCGCUAAAAGGCAUUGCUCAGUUGACGCUCGGAAGGGCUUUGGCGCCGAAAAUAACCUCGGCAAAAGCAUCUGAAAAAGUUAAAGAGAAGUCAAAGCCUAAAGAGAAAGAAAAGCUCAAACAGCUUCCUGUUAGAGAACCCGAACACCUUAAAGGAGACACCAAAACUGAUGGACUUGUUGUAUUAGAGUCUAAGAAGGCUGUUCCCAAAGGAAACAAAGUAAAGAAAGACAAUGCCAAAUCAGCCAUGACUGGAAUUCCCAAACCAAGCCAAGGAGGAAAGGGUUCAGCUACAAAUAAGUCUGUAGCGUCGCCCACUUGUGGUGCGGAGGGAGAACGGUUACGAAGCGGAAAAAUAGGAGGUCUGUCUGUGCAUAAAGGGCAGAAAGACAACAGAAACUACAGCUCUACAUCUAGCUUAGCAUUUUCAGAUGGAAAAAGUUGCCAAGAUCUCACUCUUGGUGCGCAGACCCACUCAACAACCAGCAAUACGGUCAGUGUGCAACUUCCACAGCUCCAGCAACAAUACAACCAUCCCAACAUGGCCACUGUCGCCCCAUUCAUGUACAGAUCUCACACUGAAAUUGAUAAGUCUGGGCUAGUGACAGAAGUGAAGGAAAGGAGAGAACGAACAGGCCUAUGCAGCAAAUCCAUCCAUACUUCUCUUGAGAACCUGACAGGUGAGGACUCUGAAGCCAAGAGGCUACGUACUGUGAAAAACAUUGCUGAUCUGAGGCAAAAUCUAGAAGAAACCAUGUCCAGUUUGAGGGGGACGACGCACAUCAGUCACAGCAUGCUCGAGACGACCUUUGACAGCACAGUAACCACAGAGAUCAAUGGGAGGGCCUUGCUUACCCUCAGUUCCCGCCCUGCUUCUGCACUGCCAUGGCGACUGGGCUCAUCCAGUCCUCGCCUACAGGCUGGUGAUGCCCCCUCUCCAGGAAACGCGUUCGUACACCACGGCAGUGGCUGUGGGCGGCACACACACAUGCAUCAGACCUGCACGCACAACGGAGUCGUCUGCGGCCUUGAACUCUCAGAGAAGGUGGAGGAGCUGGAGGGCGUCGCCAUGGAAACGGCUGGGUACAUGAGUGAUGGAGACAUCCUGGGCAAGAGCAUGAGGGUUGAUGGAGUCCCCAGUGGCUACAUGACUGACGGAGGUCUCAACCUGUACUCCCGGAGGGUUAACCGGGUCUCGGAUGGAAUGAACACUGUGAGAGGGACUGUUCAGCACUUUAAUCCCAAGAGUCAAGAUGACACUGAUAGUUGGGACGACAGCAGCUCAGUCAGCAGCGGGAUCAGUGACACCUUGGACACAGAUGACCUCAACACCAGCUCGUCCCUUAGCUCCUACGUCAACACCCCAUCUGUCCCGCACAGAGACGUAGAUGAACAGCUCCAGACGGAUGCAGAGAAGCACUCUGCAGUAAAACAAAACCCCAACUGGUCCAACAACGACCUUAAAUGUUCAGAAGGCAGCUCUGACGGUGGCAUCAAAAUGGAGACCACAACCAAAUGGAACCACAGGUCCUCAGAUUUCUCAGAUGAAUCAGAACGGAACUUGAUAGGUCGCAAGACUCCUACUAUCUCCCAGACGGGCUCUUGGAGGCGGGGAAUGACCGCCCAGGUGGGCAUCACCUCCCCACGGACGAAAACAACAACACCUACAAGCUGCAGCUCACUCAAGACACAUGGUAAGACAGACGACGCCAAGGUAUCGGAGAAAGGACGCUCCAAUGGCACCCAUUCCACAGGCGUCGACGACACCAAGAAACCUCCCCUCAAUUCAACCACACGCACCCCAACCAGUACUUUUGGCUUUAAGAAAGCUCCGGGCGCAAUGGCGACAAUAACCGCGAGUGGUGCUGUGGUAACUAGCGGCUCUGCUACAGUGGGCAGGAUACCCAAAUCGGUCGGGUUUUCUGGGAGUCGAAUUGUGUGUCGGCAGACGGCUCUUGAUGAUGGAUACCUUCCUCCAAGUGCUCGGACGACUCUUCAGUAUCGCAGUUUACCGAGACCUAGUCGUACCGGCACCGCUCGCUGUGCUAACCGCACCAACAACUCGAGCCUUGAUGCUAGUUUUUGCAAUAAAGGUACUGCCACACUUCCCAACCCUAAAAGUCGCAACUUAGUCAAGUCCCCAACUACUAACCAGACGGACCGAGAGAAGGGUAUUUUUUCUGAUGUGGAGAGCCAGGUACUUAAGACUAGCGCAACUACCCAGGCGGGGAUGCCAACUCAGUGCCAAGCUGGAAGGCAAACGGGAGGAAAGUAUUCAGAAAUGUCCUCGCCAACCCUUCGUAGACUCUUUGGUAGCAAAUCUUGCAAUAAGCAAGCUCCGGUCACCACCAUGGAGAACAUGAAGAACUCCACCAUCAUCUCCAAUCCCCAUGCCACGUCCAUCCAGCAGAAUGGUUCUCUGGAGAUGCCAUCUGUCGCCAGCGGAGGCAGCGGUCUAGUUUACAAUGACAAUCUGACGGUGCCCUCUGGAGGUCAUGGAGAGCAGACACUUUCCUCUGUGGCCUCCAACCCAGGAUCGGCUUUUUCUCCUUGGGGAGGCAGGGAUGGAUUAGGCUUCCUGUCUCAAAGCUCCAACCAAACCAAUAGUGGCUCCAUAGGUGUUUCCUUGGGAAAGGAAGAUUUAUGUCUUAAUAGGACCAACAGUGCUAGAACUGGCCUCUCAGAGAGCCCUCAGUCCUCCCCCUCUGCUAGCCCUAAAUUUACCCGCAACACACUGCCACGGAAACAGGACAGGUAUGCCCAUGUGCCUCAGGUCAGAGGUCAUGAGGAGGCCCGUGAUUGGCUGUGUUCCCCCUCGGUUGUUGGGCUUUCAGAUUCGACCCCCUACACCCCUGCCUCUGCGCUCAGCUCGCCCUCCGGCACACGCUUCAACUUUAGCACACUGGGCAGUCCCACCACAGCUUUGCAAAUGGCGACCUUGCGCGGGACCAAUGGUCAGGGAAAUCACGACGGCCCGUAUGACCCCUACAGCGACCCACGCCUGAGGAAUUCCUCAAUGAGCCUGGAGGAAAAGAGCCGCACUAUGAGCAGCUCCGGAUCGUUCCGUGAGGGCCUGGAAGAAGUUCAUGGCUCAUCUUUGUCUCUGGUCUCUAGCACAUCAUCAGUUUACUCUACGCCUGAAGAAAAGGCUCAGACGGAGAUCCGUAAGCUACGGAGAGAAUUGGACUCGUCACAGGAGAAGGUCUCGGCUCUCACAACACAGCUCAGUGCCAAUGCUCACCUUGUGGCGGCUUUUGAGCAGAGUUUAGGAAACAUGACCAUCCGGCUGCAGAGCCUGACGACGACAGCGGAACAGAAGGACACAGAGCUGAAUGACUUGAGGAAGACCAUUGAGCUCCUUCAGAAGCAGAACUCGGCGACUCAAGCCACCAUCAAUGGAGUCAUUAACACACCAGACCCAACAUUAACAAACCGCAAGGUUUCUCUAGACUCUGUCAGCGGGUCGCCUCAGUCCCAGCGGGAGUUGCGGAUCCACAGACAGCCUUCCUCGGACAGCGUCUCCAGCAUGACCAGCGCCACCAGCCACUCCAGCAUCGGCAGCAACCUGGAACUCGACGCUAAGAACAAGAAGAAGAAGAAGAAUAACUGGGCUGUAUCAUCUGGUGGAGGAAAAGCACCUGAUAACUAUCUGCGGAGCUCGUUUAAACAAGCGUUCGGAAAGAAAAAGUCUCCUAAAUCUGCGUCCUCUCACUCGGACAUUGAAGAAAUGACGGACUCUUCUCUGCCAUCUUCACCCAAACUUCCCUAUAGCGGCUCGACUGCCUCUUCUCCCAUGAUACGCAACUCCCACUCCAACUCCCUUCCUCAACUGUCCUCCCUGCCUGCACACGGGCCUGUCUGGGGCUGUAGCCGCAAGACCAUGAGGUCUGCCUCACUGGCACGGAUCUCUGAGUGUACGGACAGCGACGCUGAAACAGUCAUGCAGUUGCGCAGUGAACUGCGCGAUAAAGAAAUGAAGCUUACAGACAUCAGAUUGGAGGCGUUAAGCUCUGCCCACCAACUGGACCAGCUGCGAGAAUCUAUGAACCGCAUGCAAAUUGAGAUAGAAAGGCUGAAAGUGGAAAAUGACCGAUUAAAGAUGGAGAGCAGGGGAAGCGGUAGCAGAGCUCCUUCUCAGAUGUCCAUCUCCCCUUCAUCUGUAGGCCUUUCCUCUCAACUUAGCCUCACAGAAUCCACAAGCUUAGAUAUGUUGCUAGAAGACAGUGGAGAUGGAAGUUCCUGGAAAGAGGGACAACAUGUGAAGGUUGUGGUCAGUCUGGAGAAGGAUCCAGAGUGGAAAGAGGAGUGUAGACCUUCUCAGUUCUUGCUGGGCUGCAUUGGUGUCAGUGGAAAAACCAAAUGGGACGUACUAGAUGGGGUAGUCAGACGCCUUUUUAAGGAAUAUAUCAUCUACGUAGAUCCUGUCACACAGUUGGGUUUGAACACUGACUGUGUGAUGGAGUACAGCAUUGGAGACAUCCAUCGCGCCAGUGAUGCAGAUAUACCAGAACUCCUGCCCUGCGGUUAUCUUGUGGGAGAAAGCGAUACCAUCUCUGUCAAGCUGAAAGGCUUGUCUGACAACAGUCAGGACAGUUUGGCGUUCGAGACGCUCAUUCCAAAGCCGGUUCUGCAGCGAUACAUCUCUCAGCUUGAGGAGCACAGACGAAUCAUCUUUUCAGGGCCUUCUGGAACAGGGAAGAGUUUUCUGGCCAGCAGAUUGGCUGAGUACAUGGUACGAAAAGAGGGAAAACAUCUGGAGCAUCAAGCAAUCGCCACCUUCAAUGUUGAUAACAAAACUACUAAGGAGCUGAAGCAGUACUUGUCCAACCUGGCAGACCAGUGUAAGAACAGUGAACCGGCUGUGGACAUGCCUGCAGUGCUCAUACUAGAUAACCUUCACCAUGUCGGUUCACUGGCCGAGAUUUUCAACGGCCUGCUCAACUGCAAGAACCACCAGUGUCCGUACAUCAUUGGAACCAUGAAUCAAGCCCCAUCACCCACCGCAAAUCUGCAGCUUCAUCAUAAUUUCAGAUGGGUUUUAUGUGCCAAUCAUACUGAACCAGUAAAAGGUUUUCUGGGUCGUUUCCUGCGGCGGAAGCUUCUAGAAACCGAGAUCAACAGUCGUGUGAGGAACGGCGAGCUAGUUAAGAUUAUUGAGUGGAUCCCGUGUGUUUGGCAUCAUCUCAACCGCUUUCUGGAAACACAUAGUUCUUCUGAUGUCACAAUUGGACCCCGGCUCUUUCUGUCCUGCCCAAUGGAUGUAGAAGGCUCAAGAGUGUGGUUCACUGAUCUGUGGAACUACUCCAUCAUCCCUUACAUGCUGGAGGCUGUGAGAGAAGGGCUACAGAUGUAUGGCCGUAAGGCAGCAUGGGAGGACCCGGCGAAGUGGGUGAUGGAGAGCUUCCCUUGGGUGGCAAGUCCACAGCAACACGAAUGGCAUUCCCUGCUGCGACUUCGGCCAGAGGAUGUGGGGUUCGACGGGUACAAUAUAUCUCAGGAGGGCAGCCCAGGCAAGCAAACUGCUCAGGGAAAAUCAGAAGAAGACCCACUGAUGAAUAUGUUAAUGAGGCUGAAGGAGACGGCCCACUGCACAGGAACGGAGAGCUACGAUAGUGAUUCCACCAGCAACAGUCACCAAGAUGAUAUGCUGGACUCUUCGUUAGAAUCUACACUGUGAAAAUACUUUAAAAUGUUAAAUUACGAAACGGAGGCUUUUGAAAAUCAGAUCCGGCUUUUCUGUGAAACUACAGGGUGCUGGUAACCUUCAACCAGGGUGCUGGAAACCCUGAAAAAUCAUAAUUUCUCAGUAAGACACACUAAUCAUCACCUGAAAUAGGAGAAAAACAUGCUCAAGCACUUCAGAGAGCAUCAUUUCCUCAAAUGGACUGUAGAUGGCGGUAUAAGGCUGUUCAGCCAAGUCACGUUUAUUUUCAUUCAUAUUAUACUAAAAGGAUCUCAUGUUGCUUGACUUUAAUGCACUAUUGAACUUCUUUGGUGCUCAACUUGAUAAAAAAUGCCUUACAACUUUUGUGUAAUGGGUUGAGAUGGGCUUGCUUAUGUCUUAGAUUUCUAACUUUCUACACAAAUAAUGCAAGGACAUUAUAGCCUUCAAAUGGUGCACUAUCUGUGGGACCUAACAGAGAAAUAUAGUGUAAUGUGAACUAUAUUGUGGUUGCUUUUUGGCAACAAAAGAGUGUUUUGGUAAUUUGUUCUUAUCAUAAAGAGAUUUUUUUUUAAAAAGUAUUGAAAAUAUCAAAGUGAAUACUGUAAGUUUUAUCAUUUUGUGCCAGGAGAAUAUUUUGUGCCUCUUAAUGUAGUACAAUAAUCUCUAUGCAAUAUUGUAACAUUCAAAGAAUAUUUAACUUUCUGGUAAAACUUCUGUUGAAAGUUCUGAUGAUAAAAAUUCUGAAUUAAAAAAAAAAAAAAACAUCACAGACAUCCAUCAAGUGACAAUGUAGCGGCAUUAUACAAUGCAACCCUGUUUGUUGAUAUUAGGAAGACUUACAAUAAAGCCAAAACCGACCUCAGUUUUAUAACUUCUUAUUCCCAAACUCUUCCCAAAUAAUUCUGCGAGGAAAACUGAAUAAAAUGUGAGUCCUCUUUGUUCAGUGAGUAUGUUUUCCUAAAUUACUUGUUGAAGGGAGAAAGAAACUCUAUUGUGUGCAUCAUUGAGGUCUGUAUGUACUGAAGAUCUUGGGGGUAGUUAUACAUACAUUAGAAAAGGUCUGGCACAUGGAUCCGUGGGAUGUGCUUUAGUCUGAAUUGAGGGUUAGCGUGUCUAGUGGCCCCCUCAGCAGUAUUAAUGUGGCAAACAUUAGCAUGAGGUCCAAAUGGAUUACUGGGAGUUGCUUUAUUUAAAAGAUUUCAUUUUGUUCACCUAGAAAAUGUUGGUGUUGUUUUCAAAAUGUUUUAAUAGACCUUAUACAGUAUUUCUUUUCUUGUUUGUGUUUUUCUGUGUUAUAUACCGCCAAAUAAUCUUGCUUUGUUUCAAGUACUGCCAAGAUUUUUUUUUUUCACUUUAAACACAUCUAUAUGUGAAAACAUUUGUGUGAAUAUAGCCUGUUGAAAUGAGUUAAAUUAAAAUAAUAAGAGGCAAAUAGCAUCUAAUUUUCCAUAAAUUGCAGGUAAUUUUAGAAGUAAGACUGAGUUUUGAUUUUAUUUGUGUAUAUUUUCUGUUGUACUGUAUUUUUGUAAAUAUUUGCCUCAUUGUUGGUGUAGUUUUUAAGAGUUUUAAAGUUGUUAAUGUUUAAUGAUGUUUUUCAGUGUAGUGAUCUCAUGUUACCCUUUUUGGAAUAAAUGUGAUCAUUUUCCUGUCCAAA